CCUCUGAGUGGGUUUCUGAGGAAUGCUGUGAACGGGAUGGAGGAGUUCCAAAGGGGGAGUGCACAAAAGAGAGACUGACAGACACCAGGAGAGAGAGAGAGAGAGAGAGAGAGAGAGAGAGAGGCUAUAUAUACAUCCAAAGGAGGCUGGCGCUCACUGGCACAGAUGGACUACUGAAUAACUGGACUCUAGCCCAUUGGAUAUUUAGCAAGAAAGGACAACUUUUUUUUGUUGGAGAUAUUUUGAAGCACAAGGCAACAUAACUAAUCAGCACCAGCAAAGUCUUUGGCUGUGAAACACAAGUUUGAUAUUUUAGUGUGAAAUACACGACACAACAAUGAACAACGUGGCAGAUUGGAUCGUGCAGAACAGGGACAAAAUUGAGAAAGGCGUGGAGAUCAUGGGGCAAGCCUCAGAGGUGCUUGCUUCCACCGUGGGCCAGCUUCACCCUGUGCUGGAGGCUGUGUUUGUUGCUUCUGCUGAGUUACUCAGUAAUCCAGAGGGCAAAGAGGCUCGCUACCUGACUCAGCAGUUUGAACUGGUCAACCAAAAACUCGAGGGGAUCCAGGAUGAGAUAGAUAAAAUCGCCCUGGAGCUGCAGAGGACGUCAAUGAACAAGCAGAACUUCGAUCGAGAGGCACAAAUGAUCAGCCAGUAUGAAAAGUUCCAGGACUUUGUCAAUGCCAAGCCAAAGUUCAAAGAGAAGAAGAUGGAGAAGUUCCUCAGCCAUUAUGAGAACACAGACGGCGACAUGAACUUGGACGCCCUCUACAAUGCAGUCACAGGGGAGAACACCUCAGGAGACCCCAUGCUGGAAACCGUCGUCACCACAGAGCAGAGAAGCAGAAGGGCAGUUGAGGAUUUCUGCGCCCGGCUGAAGAAGCUCUUUGUGGUGGGCAUUAUCGCCGUCAUGGGCCACUCUGCCCUCAAAGAAGGGGUGGUGGGGGAGGAGAUGGUGAAGAGGUGGAAGGAUCGCAUGGAGGACGUUGAGACCCGAAUGAAAGCAGCUGUGGAUGAAUGUACAGAGAAAUUCCCAGAUCAAGCCAAGAUGGACCUGGAGCACAUCCUUCAGGAGAACACCGGCACGGUCAACCAAGAGUUCACCCAAACUCUUCUGGAUUCACUUGUUAAGAAAUACGACUGGGUGAACUGGUCCAUCAGGGCCUUCAACAACCGGGAGAGGAUCUUCUUUUUCAACUGGCUGGCAGGAAAGAAGUGCCAUGGAAGUGGGGGAACCAACUGGUUUGAUUUUUUGACCAAGAACAAGAUCAAAGUGGUGGUCUCUUUCUGUGUCGACCCCAAGCCCAUCAACAAGAAUCAGAUCCAGGAGAAGAUCGAGGCCAGGAAGCUGAAGGGCAACAUGAUGGCAUUGGCUCUUUCUUUGAACACCAGCUUCCCCAACUGCCUGGUCCAUGCUGUCAGCCAUUACAAAGAGGUGGUUGAGUCCAACAACUUCCAUGAGGAUUGUUACUACUAUGGAAAACACAAAAGAGCCCACCUGUGCAUCCACUCUGAGUAGACUCAUAGAGACAGAAAAAGCGGAGCGAUACAGAUCGAUGAAUGUUUUUACCAGAGACCAGUGGACAUAUGUCCAUUAAAUUUAGAAACCAAUUCAUGAAUGUCGUCUGUCUUCAAGCGUAAUCUGCUCUCUACAGGAUCUUGAAUGUGAGUCAUGGCCUUAUUUGUAAUGACUCUUUAUGCUUUUACAUAUAUAUAUAUAUAUAUAUAUCUUUCCUUUGUUGGUUAUAUAGCAGCUUCAGGGUGUAGAAAUUUCAGAGCCAUACAUUUCCAUGCCAGCUUUGUCAAAGUGUCUCAGUGAUGAUGAGUUAAUGUUUUUGGCUGCCUACUUUUAUACUGAGGUACCUGUCCUCUUUAAUCCAUGUAAUCCCUCUUAAGAUCUCUUGGCGUAGCAGACUAUUGUGUCAAGGCUGUAAAACAAUCAACAAGUCAGGUUGUUUUCUGAUUUUUGUGUAAUUGUGAUGCAGUUUCAAGAAUUUUCAUUUGGUUUAGCCACAAUACUGGUCAUGCUGUUCUUCAUAGUUCUAUAAAGCCUGUAAUGGAUCCAGAACAAGGAAAUUCAACGGACUGUAAGACAACAGUUCAAACUCUAGGGUUGUUGUUUUUCUUGCCAAGAGUUACAUUAGGUGAUAAGUGCAAGUCUGUCCUCAGAGUUAGCUUAGCUUGGGAUACUUAGCUAUGUUUAAAAACUGGAAACAGCUAGCUUGGCUCUAUCCAAAGAUGACAAAAUUCCUCUUUCAAUAGAUAGAAGGCCACAUUUACACGACUACGAUUUUUGCCAGAAUCUGUAACAUUUUGCAGAGUUAUGUAUGUUCGUUUACACACCAAUGGGGUUUUGGGUGCCUGACCACAGAAAGUUUCACCGUUUCCUUCGUCGUGCAAUACGCUGUUCCUCUGCAAACAGAGACUUUACGAACAAGCGCAUUACAGUCAAGACAACAGCUGUAAGCGAGCAAGUGGACUACAACAACAAUGGCAGACUCCUGAGUUCUGUUUGUGAAUUUAGGGUCACAUUUGUUUCAUUAGCCAUUUUUGUAUGUUUACGCACAGAGUAUGUGCACAUGUGUGUGUCGUUUUAUUAGAAAGUCACACCACAACUACUGGUCUGGCAUGUAUAUUACAGCGUUUUUAGUAAUUUCUGUGGAUCCUUAUGGAGGGCGUUGUCUAAAUGCGGAACUUUUUUCCCAUUUUCAGCGGAUCAUUCUCGAGUAAACGUAGCCUGAAGUUCCCUAUUUUUGUUUGAUCAUCUGCAUUGCGUAAGACUAGCCUACUUCUCGGAGUAGUAACUCUCCAAAGUCUUGACAUACGUACAAUCCCCUCUAAAACCAAAAGGUCAACAUCAGUAUUUGUAUUGAUUUAACAAAUCAAAUAAGAUUAAAUUAUUUUCUGUGUUAAAAUAUAUUUUGUCACCUUUGGGCAGAGCCUGUGUUUUUGCAGUUAUGCUAAGCUAAACUAAUCUAACCUAGUCCUGGUUGAAGCUUCACAUGUAGCUUACAAAUAGGCUAUGUGACAUUGUUCUUAUCUAAUUUUUAUCAAGAAAGUGAAUUAACUAUUCUGCUUGUGGUUUAUCGUUACAACAAACAAUUUAUUUGCCAUUUUGAGAUUAUUUUGUCCAUUGAUUUUGCAGAUGAUUUAGGCUGUAUCGAUCUAAAAAAAAAUAGCCAUGUGCAUCAAAUAUAGUCUAUUCUGGAUCACAGAAGAAAAAUGUACCAUUGCAGAUGAUUUUCUAUUCCCAUUCCUAGAUAUAAAUGUGUAUAAAUAAAAUAAAACGUUAAUAAAUGAAUGCUGCUUUAUGUGCAAUAUAGCUGUGAUGCUAUUUCCCAAAUUGUCCACAAUCCUUCUUGGGAAUCUUGUAUAGUCUAUCAGCCUAUUUUACUUUAAUUUGCAAUAAACUAAACAAAACGUGAA